GUUACAUUCCCGGGGUUGCUAUGCAGGUGCUCCGACACAUCUUGACAGAUAAACAGUCAACAAGAUGACAGCAGGCUCCAUAGCCGUACCUACCAUUGUGCCCUUGCGGCCACCCAUCCCAGGGAGAUCCAAAACUUCAAUUGACUCAAACACCAAGAUUGAACUGAGUACAGAGAGCAAUGGAGCAAAGAUCUACUACACAAUCAACGCUACGAAGCCUGAUCCAUUCCCGAAGGUGGGCAUGGCUAAGUACACUAUGGAGUACCAGGGUCCGUUCACACUCCCGGCGGGGAAACAGACUGUCAAAGCAUUGGCACUUGGAGCUGAUGGUAUACGAGAGUCGAAUGUGGUGACGAAGGUGUUUGAAGUCGAGUAUGUUGCCUCACCUAUGAUGCCUCCUGUCGAUGAUGACUUCGAGUUUCAAGAAGAUUUGGAAAAACAGCGAACCAUGCUGAAUGUACGAAGGGCCCAAAAAGACCUCAUGAUGUCAUCUAAAUCAGCUUGGACAGACGUACGCAACACCAACAACAGGAUGGGAGAUGGUAGUUCUUACCGCCAGCCAGGCACCGGGACCAGGUUCCUUAACUCUCGAUCGGAAAGGUCACCGGAGAGAGAUCCUCUCUCUAGUCGUAGCCACCGAACCCCCAGCCCACGACGCCGACAACUCCCUGACAACACUACGCAAGCCAUGAGACUACAGCGGGAAACAGACUUCCUCAAGUGUGUGUACUGUUUUGCUGACCGCCCGUCAGACCCGUAUGCCAGGUUCUGUAACACGUGUGGUAACUCCGUACCUCCAGUCCCACAGACACGCAUACCACCCCCAGAACCUGGACAGAUGGGCACUUGCGUCUACUGCAAGACCCUAGUUCCAUUCAAUACGCCAACAUGUGUAGUCUGUGAGGGACCAAUCCCGAACCAGAACAUUCCUCAGGCUAGCAUCCGAUUGGCUGACAAGGUUGUUUGCAUGCUUUGUGGGACGGGGAAUCCCGCUAACCUUGCCCAGUGUAUCACAUGUGAUGAAAAACUGCCCAGAACCAAUGGAAUACAGGCGUCCUUCGUUGGUCAGUCAGCCCCACCCAUCACCGGUCUAGAUAAGAAAUAUCUGAAGUGUACGAAAUGUAACCGCGUAAAUCGUGGAGAGGCCCGGUUCUGUGACUGGUGCGGAGCUAAGGUCAUCGAGAAACUUUUGAAGCCAACAGUUACUUCUACGGCCCUGACAUGCUCCAAGUGUCGAGCAAGCAACCACCCCUACGCCACAUUCUGUGGAUCGUGUGGUGUCAAGAUGGACGCACCACUCAGAAUGGAUGACUUUAAUGGUUUGCAAAGAGAUGCCCAGUGGUUACCAGUGAGCACCCCUCUGGGGGCCCCACCUAGGCCCUCCUUAACAGUUGCUACACAGACUGUUGGACUAUUUUACCCGUCAACCCGGGGGCUUGAAAAAGAAAAGGCCAAGGAGGAAGAAAAAAUAGCGUAUGAACGCCAGAUGAGAGACCGCAGGCCAUUGUUGACUGCCGUCAGUCCUGGGAAAGGUUACUGGCGUAAGCAGGUGGAACACAUCUGUCAACACAUCAAGGCCCACACACAGAACGACGCAGAAUUCCGUGCCCUCAUUGGCGAACCCAAAAUGGGAAAGCUUCUGACCAGCACAGUACAGGAAGAUGGCUAUGAGCUGAGUCUGACGGUGACAUUCGCUUUACGAGGCGGGAAGGAUAAGUUUGCCGGAAAAAAGCUUGGAAUCACUGGCGACUAUCUCAGUUUCCACACAGAACAGGAUAACCAGACAACCUACCGCAGCGACUCCGAUGAGUAUGAAGAAAUCAUUGAAAACAGUGCUAGGAAAUCUGCAAAGAAAAUUAUAAAGAAAAAGAGGCCUGUGAAAAAAGUAGACAAGCAGGACGGUUUCCUAUUGAAGGAGCUAGGACCUGGCGGUGAUGGCGACCCCAGUGAGGUUCAGAGACUCAUUGAUGAGGGCUCGGACCCGAACUGCGUUAACAAGAAUAACAUCCCCAUGCUACACAUAGCUGCCAAGAACAAACGAGCUGACAGUAUACCCGUCCUCGUUGACUCGGGCGCUGAAAUCAACAAGAAGGGGCCGUCUGCAAUCAAGGGGAACACCGCCCUACAUGAAGCUGUGAGUCUGGGCCCAAGUGGAGGGAAAGUUGUUGAUGAACUGCUCAGCUGUGGAGCGGAUCAGAAUACAAAGAAUGACAAAGGUGAAUCACCGUAUGACAUGGCAGUAAAGGGAGGAUACGAAAACCUCGUGAAGAAGUUUGCAGCAAACUUGGGACAAGCGCAACUUGAUAAACUUAUAAAACCCAAAACCAAAGGGUAUUGACAAGGUGGAAGUGUAAGAUAUGAUAUCCACAGUGGAACGUUGUAGUUUGUGUAGGUUGUAAGAUGUUAGAGUUGAUUUACUAUUGUGAUGAAGUUGGUACUCUAUACCAUGGACAAGCCAUAUUUGGUGUAAACAGAAUAGAACAUUAUUGACUUAAACUAUAUACAUGUAUAGUUUUUUGUCAUUAUACAGAAGUUACUCAAGUAAGGGUUUAAGGGUUAAGGUAGGGACAGUAUGACACUUGGGCUAGGACAGGGAUGAUUAUUGUUAAGGCUAUGCCAUGCACAUAAAACUCAGUUUUAAGGUGAUAUGAGACCAAUUAGUUUGACUGCAAAUACUCAGAGAAAGUUAUGUUAUAGAUUUUACAAAUACAUUGAAAAAUACUUAACAUUAAGCGGAACUUAAUGGUAAUUAUAAUUUAAUUCAUGGGGCCAUUAUGAGUAAGGAAUAUCUGUGUAACAUAUUUUGAUAUGUGUGAAAGGAUUGUUGUGAGUGAUUCAUGUCUGUGAUCCAUACAUGUGUACAUUUAUUCUUGUAUUGUUAUUGGGAAAUCAUGCAUCAAUGUCCAUUAUUUUAUUUCAAAUUAUGAUUCGUGUAUAAUUUAAAAAAAUAUAUGUUAGCUCCCCUUAAAAAUGUAAGGUGUGUUGACUUUAAUAGAAAUAACUGAUAAAUAUUCUACUUUUUUGUUUUUUGUAUAUUUAAGAUUUUAUUUAAGUAGUUGAGAAAUAGUUGUUAUGGUAUUUUUCUUACAUUUUUGGGGCCUUAUAAGUCUUGAUUUAUUUGCUAUUUAGAAGCAUAUUAUUCUAGAACUAUAUUGUAGUUUCAUAUUUUAUAUUGAGAAAUAAAUAUAUAGUUAGGUAACAAUUGCAUACAAAAAGAAGGUAACACUAUCAUAUUUACAUACAAAUAUGUCAACACUUUUUAUGUAUAGAUGAAUUACAUUGCUCUGUUAUAUUGAUAUUAUGUAUCUAAUUCCUUUUUAAUAGAAAUAAAAAAGAAAUGUAUGUCUA